UUUGAAUAAUUUAAAAUUUUUUAUCGUGAAUUUAUCGAUACUACCAAUCGGAGUGCGAACAUAUGUAGCAUAAGUUCUGGGGCUCACCGCGCAGACGCAAGGAAAAUUGAUUCAAUAGUAUUUUGUGUUUGGCCAAAAUGAAGUCCUUAGAUGCGGGGGAAUUGUGAUACAACCAGUUCCCCAAACUGACAACCCCGAUUUCCAUUCACUGUAAAUAUAAAAAACUUUGCAUACGGAAAACGAAUGGAAACUUUCGGCAUGGACUUGGACGAUGUGGCGAGCCACCACCACGGGUUCGGACAGCAUAUGGCCACGUUUACCGUGGAGACAUCCGCCGUUCACAGAAAGCUGCAGAGCAAGGUGGAAGCCCUGCGGAUCCUGCGACAGGAGUUGGAGCAAUUCCGCGUAGAACGGGACCAGUACAAGCUGAUGGCAGAGACCCUGCAGCUGCGCUAUUCCGCCCUCAAGAGUAACAGUGAACUUCUGGCCGUGGGCGGAUGCGGAGCCCUCAGUGAAAACUCAAGCCUGGCCGCUCUUCUCCAUGAAACGCGCGAACAAAAUCUUAAGCUGAGCACUGAAGUAGAGGCUUUGAGGCAGAGGCUCAACGAGCUCCAGGGCGACAUGGAGCUCCUGCGCGAAACGGAGGCGAGCAACAAGUCCCGAGUACAGGCGAUGGCCAGCGAAAAUGCCGCCCGAAACAAGGAGGAGCUGCAGUGGCGCCGCGAACGUGCAAAUUUCAUCUGCCACCUGGAGGGGCUUAAGAAACGGAACGCUCAACUGGCCUUCGACCUCAAGGCGGUAAUCGACGAAAAGGAGGAGCUUAUAACGGAACGGGAUGCCUACAAGUGCAAGGCUCACCGGCUCAAUCAUGAACUCUUCGUGGCCCUCAAGGCCAAGAAAACCCAUCCGAGGCUUCUUGACAUCGAUGGGGUUUUGCUGGAGAACAAGUACCUGCACGAGCGUGUAAAGAUACAAGAAGGGGAACUGGAACUGACCAAACAGAGUAUUUCCAAGUACAAGUCCAUUUUAGAUGGAAAACGGAAGAAGAGCAUCGUGAAGCUUGGCGGAGGCAGCACAAAUGAUGAAACCAUACUAAGUCCCCGACAAGUGAAAACCAUCCUUGAGAGCGGCAUUGAUCUUCCUCAAAAAACUGAGAGUUUAAAUGACCUGAAGUCCUUGUGUCUGGCCCUACUGGAUAACCUGAACGACAAGAAUCUGGCAUUGACGCACCAGAAGAAGACCAACAAAAUACUGGCUGGCAAGAUGACGGAGCUGGAACAGCGCUGGCAACAGCUUCUUUUGGGAGCUGAGGAUAACGCAGGCGCUGAUGAGAGCCAAGAAAUAGACGAAGAGUACGGCUAUGCGCCCUCGCAGCUGCUCCUCAACGGCUACUGCGCCGCUAUGGUUGAUGACGCCGACAUCAGCAGCACUCCGUCCAUUCCCCCGGAUAACGAAGGUGGCACCCUGACGCCGGAUCCACCGAAUCGUGACCCGCACAAGGUGGCUCCUGAGAUUCUACAGUCCGACGACGGAAUGUCCUCGCUCUCAGCAGAGUCCAUUGACUCGUCAGUUUACGGAGUGGAUGUGAGACCAGACGACUUCCACAAGUCGUCAUCGGCCACCACGGAUUCAGGAAACUGUGGCAUCGGCAGCCGUUGCAAUGGAACCCCACGCAUUUCGAGUGCAGUGGCCAGGGAACGGAUGGAGGAUCUGAAGGACCUGCCUCCGCACCUGGCCACUCUGGUCCAAAAGGCCCUUCACGAGCUCGACAUGCGCGACUACGAGGCUAUGGUGACGAUACGGGCCGAAAAUGUGGCGGCUAUUCCGUAAAACAGAAACUUCAUAGCUAUUUCAAUGUUCAUUAUGAUUUCCAGAGAAACCAUGGAUCCAUAUCGCAGUGUUGACAAAAUGAUAACUUGUAUGUAUAUUACCACAACGGCGUACAAUAAAAAAUUAAUUGAAUAUA